AAGUCCCAGUGCGCACCGGCGUUGCCGUCUCGGUGGGCGCAGGCGCAGACGGAGUGCGUGCUGUGCGCUGAACGUGACGUUUGUGUUUUUCUUCUGGCUGGUUCACUACUACAGGAGAAGAAAGGUGAACAUUCACAUUUUUACACGAAUUAAACAACGGCUGCGUUAUGCGCUGUCGACGUUUAGGGCUAGAAAUGGCACACAGGCAACUUACGGCCGGAGUUGUUGCAAAGCUAGGCUAGUUAGCGCGGCUGAAGUCGGCGGAGCUCCUGCGUUAGAACUUAAUGUUAUUGUGGAAGUUGACGCUCCAGGGACACCAGCCGAGGGAGCGCAGCGGUGUGAGGGCGUCCGCAGCCGCAGUGUGUCUCCGAAAGAAAACAGUGCAGCAGGGAUGCACAGCGCCAGUGCAGGCAGCGGUGACCUGGGCUACCUGCCUUUGGCCUACGCCGCCCUUCCGCACUUAACUGCCCCAGAGAUGGGCGUGUCAAAGGGGCAGCCGCCCAGCAGCUCGCAUCAUCUGCCAGGGAGCUCCAUGACAAGCACAAGCUGGGAGAGAAGAUGCCUGAGGAAGCACAGGAGAAGGACAGAUGAUGAAGGCUGUACUGCCAAAAAGCGAAAGCUGAUGGAAGUAGCAGGUUCAGGUCCCUUAGAUUACUCAAGCCCGAAACCCUGUCAGAGCUGGUCAGUGGAGGCUACUGCCCAUUCUCCAUCAAUUCAGCUCAGCCCUUCAACCCUCCAGCCAGGUCCUUGCACCCAAGAAGCCAGUCUGGCCUUCUCUCCCGUCUCUGUUCCCUCAACCAGACCGGACACAGAGGGCUCCUGCAUGGAGGUGGAGGCAGCACAGAGGAAGCUGCAGGAGAUCGAGGACAGGAUCACUCUGGAAGAUGACAGUGAUGAAGACCUGGAUGUGGAGCCGGCUCAGCGCAGGCCUGUGCUUGUGCUGUCCGACAGUCUGAGGGAGGGGCUGCAGCGAGGCAUUGGUGAUGUUCUCCCUCAUACAGUAGCACAAUCAGUGAGCCACUCGUGUAUGGAGUUGGUGCUGUGGCGCCCCCCAGAGGACCCGUUCACCCAGCAGUUAAAGGACUGCCUCCAGCGACAGCAGCGCAAACAACACCCUGUGUGCAGACAGACGCCGACACCCAUACCCAGCACCCCCUUGCCCGAGCAAAUGCAGCCUAAAGAGCCAGCUGAACAGGCCUUCAGCCCUCUCUACUGCCCCCCAGUGGCCUCCAGCGGCAGCGGGGAGGAGGAUAUGGAGCUAUAGACUUGAGCCUUUUUUUUUUUUUAAACUGUUUUGCUGACUUUAUACUCUGUUUGUUAAUGUGAUGAACUCUGAUCUGACCUAGUACAACAGAGGAGUGGUGGAUUGUAUCAUCUCUGCCAAAAUGAAUCUUUCAUGCCUUGAGAUUUGUGCUCUUGGCAUUGCACUAUGAAGAUGAGAUGAGAUUUCGUGGCCACAUCUUGUUUUUUUUUUUAUUUGUUUCCCCAGCCAAUAUUUGAGUCAGAAACGAGGUUGUGUAGCAGGGACCAUAUUGCCAUGCACAUCUAUGAACUUUGCUAACAUGCAGAUGCCAAUAUGGUAUCACAUCGUGUCUAAGCGCUCAUUUCCAACAAAACAGUCCACGGCUGCAUAUUCCGCUUGUCAGUAGCACCCUGCAACAAAUCCCACAACACAAAUACUCAAUACUUCUUUGCGACUAGACUUGGGUCUCUUCUUGGUACAGAGUGACUAAUAUUACAGUGAAGUAUUAUCAGAGAGCUUAGCUUGUUCUCCAUCAGGUGUCUUUUUCGGAGGUUGUGUUUUGCAUAGCGAUUGGCACGGUUUUACUCUAUAACACUGUCUGACUGUCUGCUGUACCUCAAAGAAAGUGCUACAUACUUUUAUGUGUAACAUAGGAGGCAGUAACAUGCACAGGCCUGGAUAUCAAUAACAUUAACAGACAUUUUUAGCGCUCCCAGCCUCGCUUGCAAACAUUUAUACUACAAAUGCUCUUCUUUCGUGUGAGGUUCUGUGUUGUACGCUGUAUACACGCCUAGUUGCAUCCUCACUUAAGGCUCUGACCAGGUACAAAGUAAGCAUUUGUACACCAGGCACUGUAUUAAAUGGAUUGGACAAAAUACAGUGCGCUGGAAAUUCACCAAGCCUACAGUUGUGCGUUUGGUUUUUUUUGGUUUUUUUCUUUUGCCCCACUUGUUGAUUCUGCCAGCACCUUAAGAAAAACUGCAAUGGCCUGCGUGUAAAGCUGGACCUGUUUUUCAAUAAAUAAAAAAUAAAUAAAUAAACAAACACUACUUUUGGAA